CAUUUUGUUAAUGUACACACGUUUAUACAAUAUUGUAUUGUAUAUACGAUGAUGACAUUUACAUUCAUGUCCUUUCGCUUAUGUCUGAGUCAAUAAUAAUAACAUCAAAAUCAACCCUUCAAAAAAAUAUUCAUCCAUCAUCAUCAUCGACUUUUUCUUCCUACAAAUUUCAAUUCAAUAACCCAUUACCCUCUUUUGCACUAAUUCCUCAAAAAGCUUCCACCUUUCGAUCUACGGUGUCGUUUUUUCAGCUUGUUGAAUUUAGGGUAUGAUCUUCUAAUUUGAUCUCUGAGGUAAAAUUGGUCUCUUUUGAGGUUUGAUCUUUUGAUCACAUCUUUCCUUUUUCUUCAUAUUAUCCUUAAUUGUUGACCUAAGCUAGGUAGGAGUAUGAUCGAUUGAUUUUUUUUUUUUUUUUUAUCAUUAUCAAUUGUUGACCUAAUUGUAGAAAUAUUAUGCAUGGUUGAGCUGUUAUGUUAUGAUGGUUAUUUUGUGAAAUUUGUAGACUUUAAUUUUGAGGGGUUUGAUUUGAUUUGAUUCUCAGUGUAAACAAAGGCUAUUUUGGUUUGCAUUGUUUCUGUUUAAGAAAUAUCAUUAGUGAAAAUGUCAUCUGCUGGUGUUAGUACUCUUAGUCCAGUGGAUCCCACUGAGCCAUUGUUGUCUCCAAAUGCAUUCCAUUUACCAUCUCACUUGUCUUUUGAGGACAAAUCCAUUUCCAUAUUUCUCUCGGUCUCGGGUUCAUUGACUCCUUUUCGUGUUAUGGAAUGGGAUACUAUUGAGUCUGUUAAGUUCAAAAUCCAAAGGUGUGAGAGUCUUCCAUUUUUAACUAACAAACAGAAGUUGGUUUAUGCUGGCCGUGAACUUGCUCGAAGUGAUACUCUGCUCAAGGAUUAUGGAGUAACUGAUGGAAAUGUUUUGCAUUUGAUAAUCAAAUUAUCAGAUCUUCAGCUCAUCAAUGUGAAAACAUCUUCGGGGAAGGAAUUUUCUUUUCAGGUCGAACGAGGUAGGGAUGUAAAAUACAUCAAGCGAAGGAUUGCUAAAAAGGAGAAACAGUUUGAUGAUCUCGAGGAGCAGGAACUUGUGUGUAAUGGGGAACGGUUGGAGGAUCAGAAGCUUAUUGAUGACAUCUGCUGCAAGCAUAAUGAUGCAGUGGUGCAUCUGUUUGUUCGAAAAAGGAAUGCAAAAGUUCAUAGAAGACCCUUUGAGUUGUCCAUUGUAACUACAGACUUGGCUGAUACGAAAACUGACGAUGUUUUCGAAAAUUCUUGUGGAAGAAAAUUUGAGGUUGGUGGUGUAGAAGAUACCGAUGCCAUUCAGAGAGCGGUGCCAAGAAAGCUUCCCGAUAGAGAUUUUCUUUUGGAGCCAAUUAUAGUUAACCCUAAAAUUGAGUUAGCUUCAGUGAUUCGAAAUAUGGUAAACUCUGCAUACGAUGGACUAGCUAGCGAAUACUAUCCAAUAGGAUCUGCAGAAGGUACCGGGGGAGCUUACUUUAUGCUUGAUUCAACAGGUCAGAAGUAUGUGUCUGUUUUUAAGCCUAUCGACGAAGAGCCAAUGGCUGUGAAUAACCCCCGAUGUCUUCCAUUAUCAUUAGACGGUGAAGGCUUAAAAAAGGGUACAAUAGUUGGUCAAGGAGCGUUCAGGGAAGUUGCUGCUUAUGUUUUGGAUCAUCCAAUAAGUGGACGUCGCAAGUUAUUUGGUGAUGUGAAGGGUUUUGCUGGUGUUCCUCCAACAUUGAUGGUCAAGUGCUUGCAUAAGGGAUUUAACCAUCCAGGAGACUUGAUGGCUAAGAUUGGAUCCAUGCAGAUGUUUGUGAAAAACAAUGGGAGCUGUGAAGAUAUCGGUCCUGGGGCUUUCCCGGUAAAUGAAGUACACAAAAUUAGUGUACUGGACAUAAGAUUGGCAAAUGCAGAUAGGCAUGCUGGGAAUAUUUUGAUCAGCACAGUGGAGGACAAUGACCAGUCUGUUCUGGUUCCAAUUGAUCAUGGAUACUGCUUGCCCACAAGUUUUGAAGAUUGUACUUUUGAAUGGCUUUACUGGCCCCAAGCUCGCCAGCCGUAUUCUGCUGAAACUAUUGAGUACAUAACGUCACUGGAUGCUGAAGAAGAUAUUGCACUUUUGAAGUUUCAUGGAUGGGAUCUGCCAAUUGAAUGUGCUCGAACUCUUAGAAUCUCAACCAUGCUUUUGAAGAAAGGGGUUGAGAGAGGAUUGACCCCUUUUGCAAUUGGAAACUUGAUGUGCAGGGAAUCAUUGAACAAGGAAUCUGUGAUAGAGGAAAUAGUUGAAGAAGCAUUUGAUUCUGUUCUUCCUGGCACAAGUGAAGCUACAUUGCUAGAUGCUGUUUCUCAAAUCAUGGACCAGCGCCUUGAUAAGAUUUUCAACUCUCUUUUUUAAUUAGAGUUGAUAUCUGCAAUAGUAGCAGUUUCUUGCAGAUAACAAAUUCUUUCAGAGUUUGUAGUUGAUUGCUUUAUUAAAUUUGAAUUCCAAGGAUAAUAGACAAGCCAUUCCCCUGUUUGGGUUGUAAGUUGAUAUUCUUAUUUCUUGAACUGAGUGAGUAAUGAAACAUCAUCUCUCUUCCUUUUUUCUC